AUGUGUGCAUACACAUGCCCACAUUGAAAAUGGGGAUAUUUUUCUAAAAUAUGAAGGAAGGUUAACAAGGAAGGAGCCAAAUGGAGAUGACACAUAUGUGUUUGAAUUCCAUUUCAAGGGGGAAAAGUGUUGGUGUGAUGGAACUACGGAAGAUGGCAGUUUUGGAAGGCUUGUAAAUGACUCCUCCCACCCCAAUUGCAAAGUGCAGUGCUUUGAGGAGGAGGGUCUACCAAGCUUGUAUUUCGUUGCCCUCCGUGACAUUCUGCCAGGAGAAGAAGUUGUGUAUAAUUAUGGUGCAGGACCAUAUCCAUGGAGGAAAAAGAGAGGAAAAUGUACUCUACACAAGGAGUUCACUGUUCAGCUGGACGACUCAUACGCCGUAGAGAACACCGAGGCAACCUUCACCUGCAAGGUCAAUGAUGAUGAGGCCAAGGUCGUCUGGACACUUGACCACAAGCCUCUGCCUGAGUCUGACAAGUACAGGGUGGGACACGAUGGCGUGACACACACGCUCACUAUCGCAGGCCUUACAUCCACUGAUAAAUGUGAGGUCACAGCAACAUUUGGCGAUACGUCCACAUCAGCAAGACUUGUCGUUGAAGAUGUCUCCGCCGACUUCACAGCACCAUUGUCGGACGUGUCUGUAUUGGAGAGGUCCAAUGCAGAAUUCACAUUCGAGCUGUCCAAGCCUGUUGACAAAGUACGCUGGUUCUUGGACAACGUGGAACUACGACCAAACAAGCAAAUGGAAUUCGUAGAUGACGGAAAAACCCACAAACUUAUCAUUCGAGACGUUGAAGUUACCGAUGAGGGACAGAUAUCAGUGUUGGUUGGAGAUAAAAAAUCCAGCGCAGCACUGUUCGUACAGGAAUUGUCACCUGACUUUGUCAAGCCCCUGAGAGACGUCACCGUGAAAGAACGUGGCGUCGCUGAGUUCAUCACGGAAGUUAACAAAGAAGGAAUAACUGUAAAGUGGUUUGUUCAGAACAAGGAAAUCGAAGAAGACGAGAAGUACGAGAUAUACGCUGAAGGUCGCACUCACAGACUGGUAGUCAAGGACGCUGUGUUACCAGAUGCUGGAGAGAUCAUGGCCAGAGUGGAAGGCAAAACAUUGAAAGCCAACCUCACAGUUGAAGAUGGAGUUGAAGAUGUCAGUGACAAAUCUUUAUCUACAGAUAAUGCAAAGAUUGAUGAUGAUGAUAUGGUUGAGGACUCUGCGAGUGAUAUUUCGGAGGAAGUACCCUAUUUUCAAGCUUUACGUGGAGAUAGAUUGGAGAGGUCAUCCUCAGCUUUAAUGUCAAUUAGGAGGUCAUGGGUCAAUAAAAGGUCAAGGACGGAUUUCAAGAAAGAGGAGUCUGGUGUGACUGAACCUCGUCGAUUCAAGAGACGAAGAUUGGACAAAGUGGAAGAGUCCCAGAAUUAUGCUUUAGAGGACAAUUCUGAUACAGAGAUGGAUGUCUCAGAUAAUGAUCCAGACUACAAACCUGACUGUGAUGUGAGUUCUGACAGUGAUUCAAGGGAUACAGAGUUAGCGAUUCAUGACUCAUCUGAAGGUAAAGACAAACAAGCUGAAGAGCAGGUCCACCAUGUGUCAAGUUCUGUUCUCGAUACAAAACCAACUAUUGCAGUUGAACAAAGAAGAGAUGCCUUAGGAAAAGGGCAAAGAGACUGGUCAAGGAAACACACAUGUUUCAUAUGCGAUAAACGAGUGUGUGACAUUCCAAGGCAUGUUACUGCAAAACAUCCUAAAGAAGAACUUGUAAAAGAAGCUCUAUCUAAACCAUUGGGUUCAAAAGAAAGGAGAAAUAUUUGGAGAAUUAUUACAAACAAAGGUACAUUCAAGCAUAAUUCCAAAGUCAAAGACAUUGGUGGGGAACUUCAUGUUUUCAAACGAUCAAGUAGCUCCAGGAAAGCAGAGGAGUAUAAAGCUUGCCCUCAUUGUUAUGGUUAUUUUUUAAAAACCCAGUUGUGGAGACAUGGAAAAAAGUGUCAAGCAUCUGUUUUUCUUGGAAAAGAGAAAAAUGUUAUUCAGAGUUCCAUAUCGUCUAUAUCAACUGUGAUGCAGUCUGCUGCUUCUUCCACCAAAAUUGCUCAACAGCUGUUUGAGAUUUUCCUAGAUAAAAUGAGAAAGAAAGAUGAAGUUUUCAUUAUCGUGAAAAACGAUUUCCUUUUGAGUACUUAUGCAAAGUCUCUGCUUGAGGAGGGAAAAGAACAUAGUGAUACAUCGUGGACAGUAAGACUACUGGCCAAACUACUAAUCAGCAUAAGACAGGUCUCAAAUUGCGAAAGCUAUUCCUGGAUGGAAUUGAUAAAUACAGAACACUGGAAUGAGAUAAUUCAUGGUGUGAAAACAUUAAGUGAAUUUACAUUCUCUGAAAGUGGAAUCAUUGUUGAGAAGCCUAAUAUAGCUUUGAAGUGUGGCCAAGGUAUAAAAGGUCUUAUUGCUGCAGCGGAGGGCAUCGCUUUACGCCAGAAUGAUGAUGUUUUGCUGAAAAAGAUUGAGAAAAUGUUCAAAUUGUAUGAUGGAGAAUGGGCUAAGACUUCCAAACACUGCAACAAUAGCAUCAGAACAAAGAAAGAAGACCAAGUGGAGUUGUUGCCACUUACAAGUGACAUUACAAAACUGAAGGAAAAGACAGUGACUGAAAUAAAUAGGCUAAUUUCUGAAAUCAGUUUUGAGCCAACAUCAGGGCGGUAUUUGAUGCUAUCAAAACUCACUCUUUCAAGGCUAAUAACCUUUAAUGCUAGAAGAGGAGGAGAACCAAGUAAAUUAAGAAUAAAAAACUGGCAAAAUAUAUGUGAAGGAAGUUCCAUUUGUCAAGAAGAACUAGAUGCACUACCUAUUGAAGAGAGGAAGUUAGCAGAGAGACUGAAGCUUGGGUAUGUGAAAGGGAAAGGUGCAAGAAGCAAGAAAGUGCCCAUUAUAUUCCCUGAGGAGACAGUUGCUGCAAUUGACAUGUUAAUGCAGCAUAGAGAAUCCUUCAUCAUGAACAAAACUAACCCUUACAUAUUUGCUAGGCUCUACAAGAAUUCGUUAAAGUCACUUCGUGGUUCUGACUGUGUAAGAGAAGUUUGUGUGAUGGCAGAGCUUCAACAUGCAUCUUUAGUUACUGCUACACAGAUGCGAAAAUAUCUAGCUACAACUUUACAAUUGCUAGACAUGAAAGAAACAGAGCUCCGUUGGAUAACAGACCAUAUGGGUCACACUGUUGAUGUACAUAAGAAAUGGUACAGACUUUCAAACAGGGCUGUGGAGCUAACAAAAGUAGCCAGCAUUCUAUCAGCCACUGAGUCGGGUCAUCUUAAAAAGGCACACCAUGUACUGUUUGAUAAUGUGAGCAAAGAUGUUGAAAAAUCACAGAUCGAUGGACCAUAUGCUUGCACCCAGAAUGUCCAAAUGACGCAGCAGAUUGGCAGGAUCUCUAGUGAUGGGUCAGAGUCAUCCACCCUGCAACCCAAAGAAAAGAGGUUGUCUGAUGAAGAUGUUGGAAAAUCACAGAUCGAUGGACCACAUGCUUGCACCCAGAAUGUCCAAAUGACGCAGCAGAUUGGCAGGAUCUCUAGUGGUGGGUCAGAGUCAUCCACCCUGCAACCCAAAGAAAAGAGGUUGUCUGAUGAAGGAAAGAAAAAACAAGUGCAUGUGGCUUGGAGAGUUGAUGAAAAAAAAGCACUGUACAGUGCCUUCGGGCAAUAUUUAAAUGGCACAAGAGGUCUGCCUGGAAAAGGAGAGAUUUUUACAGCACAAACCAAAUUUAGUAUUCUCCAAAACAGAUCAUGGUUGAACAUAAAAUAUCAGUUGAAAAAUAUGCUAAAGAAAAAUAAGUGAAUUAUUCUUUGAGACCAUGAACAAUGUUAUGUUGUAUAUUAAUUGAUACUUUGAAAAGUGUUCUGUUGUGCAUUAAUUGAGACCUUGAACAGUGUUCAUUUGUGUAUUAAUUGAGACCUUGAACAGUGCUCAUUUGUGUAUUAAUUGAGACCUUGAACAGUGCUCAUUUGUGUAUUGAGACCUUGAACAGUGCUCAUUUGUGUAUUAAUUGAGACCUUGAACAGUGCUCAUUUGUGUAUUAAUUGAGACCUUGAACAGUGCUCAUUUGUGUAUUAAUUGAGACCUUGAACAGUGUUCAGUUGUGUAUUAAUUGAGACCUUGAACUGUGCUCAUUUGUGUAUUAAUUGAGACCUUGAACAGUGCUCAUUUGUGUAUUAAUUGAGACCUUGAACAGUGCUCAUUUGUGUAUUAAUUGAGACCUUGAACAGUGCUCAUUUGUGUAUUAAUUGAGACCUUGAACAGUGUUCAGUUGUGUAUUAAUUGAGACAUUGAACAGUGUUCAGUUGUGUAUUAAUUGAGACCUUGAACAGUGUUCAUUUGUGUAUUAAUUGAGACCUUGAACAGUGCUCAUUUGUGUAUUAAUUGAGACCUUGAACAGUGCUCAUUUGUGUAUUGAGACCUUGAACAGUGCUCAUUUGUGUAUUAAUUGAGACCUUGAACAGUGUUCAGUUGUGUAUUAAUUGAGACCUUGAACAGUGUUCAGUUGUGUAUUAAUUGAGACCUUGAACAGUGUUCAGUUGUGUAUUAAUUGAGACAUUGAACAGUGCUCAUUUGUGUAUUAAUUGAGACCUUGAACAGUGCUCAUUUGUGUAUUAAUUGAGACCUUGAACAGUGUUCAUUUGUGUAUUAAUUGAGACCUUGAACAGUGUUCAGUUGUGUAUUAAUUGAGACAUUGAACAGUGUUCAGUUGUGUAUUAAUUGAGACCUUGAACAGUGCUCAUUUGUGUAUUAAUUGAGACCUUGAACAGUGCUCAUUUGUGUAUUAAUUGAGACCUUGAACAGUGUUCAGUUGUGUAUUAAUUGAGACCUUGAACAGUGUUCAGUUGUGUAUUAAUUGAGACCUUGAACAGUGCUCAUUUGUGUAUUAAUUGAGACCUUGAACAGUGCUCAUUUGUGUAUUAAUUGAGACCUUGAACAGUGUUCAGUUGUGUAUUAAUUGAGACCUUGAACAGUGUUCAUUUGUGUAUUAAUUGAGACCUUGAACAGUGCUCAUUUGUGUAUUAAUUGAGACCUUGAACAGUGCUCAUUUGUGUAUUAAUUGAGACCUUGAACAGUGUUCAGUUGUGUAUUAAUUGAGACCUUGAACAGUGCUCAUUUGUGUAUUAAUUGAGACCUUGAACAGUGCUCAUUUGUGUAUUAAUUGAGACCUUGAACAGUGCUCAUUUGUGUAUUAAUUGAGAUGUUGAUCUUAGUUGUAAAACUUCUUUCUUGAACUUUUGCUGUUAGUCAUUUUUGUAACUAAGAUUUAGAUUAACCCUUUACCAAACGACAAAUCUUGAACUCUUCUAAAUUGGAAGAAGUUGCAGAUGACAAUUACAAUUGUAAAAUAAUGUAAAGAAAUUGCUUUUGCAGGUGAGAAAUCAUUGUGGGAUAAGGAGAAAGUGUGGGUCAAUUUGAGCAAUUUCUCCUUUUCUCACAAUUAUUUCUAGAUCCGUCUGCAACAAACUAGUAAAAUUUCGUCAUUGUUUGGUAAAGGGUUAGGAUUUUCAAAUUUGUGCUAAACACUAUAUUGUACCAUUAGAAACUAAUACUCUAUGCCCCCUUAUAAACAGGUCGUUAUAUCCCAAGAGGUCUAUAUACAAAGUAUGUGGGGACUAUAUUUGAUUCCAUCUGUUUGUCCAUUGUCUGUAGAUAAAAUUUUGUUUUUAAUUUUUCAAGGAUGGCAUUUUGACAGAAUUUAAUAAAAUGUUCAUAUUUAAAUGCAAUAAUGUACUGUGUGUCUUCCUGUUAUUUCAUUUUUGGAUUGAAAUUUAAUGGCCUACACUACAGGCAGCAACUUCAAGGGGCCAUAUUGGGGUAUUCAUCUCAUUAACUCAUUGGUUCCUGUUUCAAUUUGCAGCAAAGGACUUCAACAAGAAUUUUAUUAAAUGUCAGAUAAUUGUUUAGAACUGUUUUAUGUAUCAUUAGCCCUUGAACACUAAGGGACAAAAGGAGGAAUUGCUCACCAUGACCAAUUUCUCCUUAUUUUCCCCGUCGAAAUGAAAUUUCGGAAGGGAUAUUGUAAUAGUCUCCGUCUGUCUGUCUGUCCGUCCGUCCGAAACUUUGUCCAGAGCAUAUCUCAAAAACUAUAAGAGGUAUCAACACCAAACUUCAUAGGUAGAUAGAUAUCGAUGAGGAGAAGUGCAGUGUAAAAGAACCAUUACUCCCAUAUAAAAAAUGGGAGUUAUAGCCCUUUGUUAUCCCGGCCGAAAUGAAAUUUCGGAAGGGAAUAUAGUAAGUCUCCGUCCGUCCUUCUGUCAGAAACUUUGUCCAUAGCAUAACUCCAAAUCUAUUCAAUGGAUUAACUUUAAACUUAGAAUAUAAACAGAUGGCAACUAGGAGAAAUGCAGUGACCAAGAACCAUAACUCUAUCUACCUUAGUUUUUUAAUUAUUUCCCUUUAUAUAAUUUCAAAGUAAAUUUUUGUCCGGAGCAAAACUCUAAAUCAACUGAAGGGAUUUACUUGAAACUUGAAAUAUAAACAGAUGGCAAGUAGAAGUGCAGUGACUAAGAACCAUAACAGUAUCUACCUUAGUUUUUGAAUGAUCUCCCUUUAUUUAAUUUCAAAGUAAAUUUUUUGUCCGGAGCAAAUCUACUGAAGGGAUUUACUUGAAACUAGAAAUAUAAACAGAUGGCAACUAGGAGAAGUGCAUUGAACAUGAACUAUAACUCUAUCGGCCGUAGUUUUUGAAUUAUCUCCCUUUAUUUUAUUUCAUAGUAAAUUUGUAUCUGUUUUGUCCGGAGCAUAACUACAAAUGUUCUCAUACAAGCAAACUAUUUCGGCGGGGAUGGCCAUGUCAACAUGGCUCUUGUUUAUAUGGUAUGUAUUUAUUUUGUCAUUCCUUUAAAGGUCAACCUCUUGAACAAGAAUUUAAGCUAACUUUGUAUUGUCAAUUUGAAGUAAAAAUUGUUGAACAAAACAAGUUUGAUAAAAAAAUGUCUCGAUAUAUGUUAAAAGCUAUUUUUAGUCCCAUACCGGUGUAACCGGAGGGGACAUGGUUUGCGCUCUGUGUGUUGGUCAGUCACACUUUUCUGAAUCCUGCAAUAACUUAAAAAGUUCAUCAUAUUUUUUCACAAAACUUAAAACAUGGGCAGAUGGCAAUAUGGAGAUUUUUUAUGCACAUCAUUUAAUUUUGUUCAUACGUCAAGAAUUCUGGUUGCUAUGGCAACAAAUAGACUAGCUACCGCUAGGCGACUUUUAUUGCUUGGCAAUAGUUUUGUUGUAUAAUAGUUAUCUUUUUUAUGUUUUUUUUAUUGUUUCUCAGUGCAUACGACAGUUUUUAUAUCUAUUUUCUAUUUCUGCUCCACCCUUCGCCAUUGUUACUGCUGUACCCUUUGCCAGUAUUUAAAGCAGACUUUAAUGUUAUGCUCAACUUUUGGUCUUCAACACCUUGAAGCAAAUACAAACUACAAUGCAAUAUUUCAUUUGAAUGGUUAAGCUUGUAUUAAUCAAGAUUUUGAUGACUUGGAAAAUGACUGAACCAAGUCACAUUUUGUAAAAGUUGACUUAGUCCGCUUGUGUGCUCUAUGCAAUCUUUAUUGUUUGCCUAAUACUCAUUAAUCACAUUUACUGUUUUUGCAUACAUUUAGAGAAGAGUUCUUUAUGUCAUUGAUCGUUUUAGCAUCUGCUUCAAAUGUUUAGGAACAUGAGAGAAUUGAUUUGGAUAAUAUCAGGGGGAAAUGUUUAUUUCAGAGAUCUGGAUAAGUGGGGUAUUUCCUUGCUAGCUUUCUUAAUUUUGAUCAAAAUUCUAUGUUGUGGGUACUCAUUAGAACCGUCUCUAUGAGACAAUUCCAAUGAGUACCCACAACAUUGGACUUAGUGAAAAAUAACUGAUAUAGAAAGAAGUCAGAUUCUUGCCCUUAUCUAAACCUCUGUUCAUUUGGUGCACUGUUCAAUUUUUGUAAUGAAUGGCGGCCCUAACUUUGUUCUUAUGUUAGGUUGUCCAAACUGGAAGCAGCAGCAGAUAACAGUAUUAUUCCAAAGUCAGAAAUUGACAUUUCAUAUGCUGCUCAUUCCCUUUUUUCAGAAAUUUGCAGCUGAGGGCUUUAAAGGGAUCUCAUUAAAAGAAGCACAUCUUUAAGAAUAGUUGUUUCAUCACGGAAUUUGCGAAAAAACCUUGAGACAAAAUGAGAAAUUGUUUAUCAUGAGCAAAUUGUUCUUCUGUCUCAAUGUUAUAGAUGCUGUCUGCUGCAAAGGAUUCGAAAAGCACUUGAAUUAGGGGAAGAAAUAAUGCAAAUUCAAGAUAGUAUUUAAUUUGAUGUAUACUUUUCUUUUUGACAUCUGUUUGCAUUUGUAAUUUAAAACCAUUGUCUUUUAUUUUGAAUUUUACUGGUUUCAUACUUUUAUUUUCAUUUUGCAAGUUUAUAGUUCU